CAAUUCGGUUUGGAGCAGGUAAUUCCGCAAGCCUGUGACACCCAACGUCAACUACAUGCGAUCGAUCGGAGGACUGGGGACAAGAACUACCUCGUACGACAUAGAUUGCAUGUAGAUGCAUGGAACGACCGAGCAUCUACAUUGGUUGCAGGAGAUAACUUCACAGGUCAUAGCUCUGCUAUGUACAUGAGUUGGUACAGGCGCAUCUCCAUAUUACGCCUGACGAACACCGCAUUUGCGCAGCCAGGAUCACAUUACCAUCCGACAUCUACGUUACUGGCUGAGCGCAUCUGAUCGGUGUUGAUACAAUGUAAUGACACGAUUCAAGGGGCCGCUACAACGCCAGUUGACCGAUGCAUUGAGUCAAGCGGGUUAUGAGUACCUCAUACCGACUCCACCCGUCAUUGGCGACGUAGAUGACACAUUCCACACUCCUUCUCCAAGGAGUUCAGCCCAUCGAGGUAGCUCUUCCGGAGGAUCCAGUUCUCGGUCCACAAGAGGCCGCCAGCGUUCAUCUACUAUGUCGCCGUUCGUUCCCCCGUCUUCCAUCAACACUCCUCCGCCACAUCCAUCGCCUCCGCAAAGGAUUAUCACAUAUCAGCGUGCUAGUCAACGACGAGCUCCUACUCUUAAUGUCAUUGCGGAGGUUGACGAGUUCACACCAUCAUCAUCCACCGGUGCGCAAAACAAAAGGGGUCGGGGGUUGUAGUUUAACAAACUUUGUAUAUUAUAUGAUUUUAACUUCUUGUAUAUUCUUGUAUGAUUUUAACUUUGUAUGUUCAUGAUUGUAAUAUAUCUUCGCAUUAUUUUCAUAAUUAAUUUUUUCAAAUCAA